AUGAGCGCGGACAUCGAGCGGUACGAGCCGCACAUCCGGCAGAUCCUCAACGCGCCCGGCGUGGACCUCAGCACGAUCAGUGCGAAGCGCGUCCGCAAGCAGCUCGUCGAGAUGGACAUCGCGCUCUCGGCCGAGUUCGUGCGCAAGCACAAGGAGGAUUUUGACCGCAUUAUUUCGACCGUAUACGAGGAGAUCAGCGCCGCGCAGAACGGCGCCGACACCAAGGGCAAGCGGAAGAGCCGCCCCGAAGAUGAGGACGAGGAAGAGGACUACGCGAACGGCGCGGGCGAGGGAGACGACGGCGAGGAGGAGGUGGCGGAGACGAAGCCGGUGAAGGCGAAGAAGGCGAGGAAGGGCGGCUUGACGGACGAGGACCUGGCGAGGCAGCUUGACAGCGAGAUUAACGGCCGUCAACGCACCCCGAGGGCCUCGUCGACGCGGGGGAGAGGACGGGGCGGCAAGAGGGGCGGUAAACGGGGUGCAAAGAGUUCUGCUACUGUAAAUUCGGACGGUGAGACUGUGGACGAUGACGGCGAGGUCGUGAAGAAAAAGCGGAGGGGUGGUGGGUUUCAGAAGGAAUAUGCGCUCAGCGAGCCGCUCAUCGCUGUGACGGGGGUGGAGAAGCUCUCGCGACCGCAAACCGUCAAGAAGCUCUGGGAUCACAUCAGGGGCAAUAACCUGCAGAACCCCGAGAACAGAAAGGAGAUCGUGUGUGACGACAAGUUCAGGGCGCUCUUCAACGUAGACAGGAUUGACAUGUUCGCAAUGAACAAACAACUCGGUCGUCAUUUACGGGAGCCCGAGCCAGAGGCAUAG